AAAAAGAAAAGGAACAGACAACGUGAACUUAUUCUCUCUUCAUACAAUACAUACAUAAAUAAUAGGAUAGACAUUGUACUUCAACCACUUGCGCUCCUACAAUCAUAUCCCAUUCAAAUUCAUCGUGUACCACUGAAAAUAUUCACAGAACCAAAAAUAGCACCAGCAAAAGCUACAUACAACAACAACACCAAUUGGAGUGCUUCAGUGGACUAGUUUAACCUUCUAGAUUGUAUUAAAAGCCCGCAUAUUCCAGAGUAGUUUGCCGGAGUGGGUCUGUCUCAACUCCACUACAAGUACACAACAACAAGAUUCUUAUCCAAGUGGCGCUCGACCCGAUCGAUUUAAAUUUAUAAGAAAAACUUAGGCUCCCCACAUCACAUCAUCUCGGCCAAGUUCCUACUCUGUAUUAUUCGCCCCCUUCUCCCCUUCGGCUGUCCCGGGAACCAGGUGAUCGUCAAUUCUCGUCAGCAUGACCCCCUCAUCAGAUGGACAUCAGUUCAUCCAUCGUCAGUCACUGUCUUCUCAGGAUGGGCUGUACUCCAACAACAACAACAACCAAGAACUCAACACUGUCCAAGUAACAACAAGUACUACUAACAUCAGUACACCAAUCAGUUUAGCCCCUUAUCCAACUGGCGGUAUCUCAAGUGAUUUUAAUCCAACUCGGCCCCCGCUUGACUUUGGACAGUCACACACAAACCAUAAUCAUGGUCUGGAUAACACUAGCAACAACAUUAUUAACCACCCCACCAGAGUCGCGGGCCAACCAGAUGAUCCACAUCUCUCACACUCCCCCAUGAAGAAGCUCAGUGCUCAGAAGACUGGAAAUCAUCACCACAAGAGAACCUAUUCCCAUCCUGCCGGCUCGGAUAAGAAGAAGCUCACCGGGAGCCGUGCGAAUCAGUCGACUGCUGCUCAAUCGACACCCGAAAUCUCAAAGAACAACGGCCAACAAGCCUCUCCCGCGGCCAAUCCGCCGCUCAAGAAGAACGGCAAGCCGCUUGCCAAAUGUCCGUUCUGUGGAAUGACCUUCAAAAAACUCGAACACUGUCAACGCCAUGAACGAACCCACACGCUGGCCAGGCCGUAUUCUUGUACGGUUUGCAUGAAGACUUUUGCUAGACAAGACACAUUGAAUCGCCAUCUCCGACUUCAUUCAAGAUCUGAUAGUAAAAUGGCCAUCAAUAAGUCUGCACCGGCACAGCCAUCCCAGACACCAGCAUCACCCUCCAAGCAACCACCACGCAAUCUGCUUAGCUCGCCAAUCCGGUCCAAUUUCGAUAUGUUGUCUGUCUCGGGAGUUCCUCAGCCUUCUUUCGCUUCUCCACCCCAUAUUCAUCGACGAAUAGCCCGCGAAAGGGGGCUUUCGCUUUCGGCGUUGGAGCAAUUAUCCUUACCAUCUCAUCUUGCGCGGGAUCCAUCCAUGAUUAACAAUGGCCCACGUCAGUCUAUUAGUCUUCCCCUUCAACGGCAUCACGAGCAGUUCGCCCACCCGCAUCAUAACCCUGCGUACCCAUUUCAAUACAAUCAAGCACCUCCACCCUCAUCUCAGCUCAGCCUGGAGAUAUCCUCACAACCCUCCGAGUCUUCAGCAAGCUACGUAUAUGGGGAACCUAUUGAAGCCCGUCGAGGCUCUUGGUGCCCCGGAGGACAGAAUUGGAACGAGCUUACGCUUCUCCCGCCUGAAGACCCUGGCCCUCCUCCACCAUCCACUCGAGGGUACCGCCAUCAACCUCAACAUCUCAGCUUGGGGGUCGCAAACUGGUCGAAAAAUCUGACCAACACCUUUGGAUUAGUUGAAGCUGGGAUCGGACCGAUCCCACAGUCAGCUCCUGCAACCUGCACUAAUUGGGGUACCCCUCUGAUCGGAUCAGGUGCGCCAGAAAACACCAACCCGACAGCGGGCUCAUUGGUGGGGCCUAGAUGGGAGACUUUCUCGCAGUAUGAAAGUCAACCCCAGAUCCAUCCAAGCUGGUCAGGCUUGGGUCGCUUGGAUGAGGAGGAACAGAUUAAAAUGGAACCUGAACCGAGUAUCAAUAGUGCUGGUACAUCACAGCUCCUGCUCUCAUCACCCUCUCAGCCGGGCUCAUUUGACCAGCCGGGCCCAUUCGAUCAGUCCAAUCCGAUCGAGAAUAACUGCCCGACUGGAUCGACAUCAACUGAAAUCAGUCAUGAACCUCAGUCAGAAAGUAAUCCGUCGGUCCAUUGGUCAUUCCCAGUCGGAGGAAAUCUUUCGGAUCAAUAUCUUGGCCAGUUGGCCCAUCCAACUAGCUUCACAUCCUCCUCCGACCCAGUCGAUUGUUUCGGAAACGUCUGGCAAUCUGCUCCUAAAAACCUCGGCGGCGUUGGCAGCUUCCAUCCAGGCUAUUGGAAUCCAACCGCAUGUGCAGAUAACCAAGAUGGCCAUCCGACGCCGAUCGGCGAUAGUGGCGUCUUGAAUCCUAACGGACUUCCGACUAAAAACCCCUGGCAAGAAAUCGUCGAGUUCGACUUUUGAUUCGUCUUUCGUCGAUCAUCCUCGUUCAUCUCAAAAAACAAAAACAAAAACACUCUGAUCUUGAUACUCACUUUGCUCGCGGAAAACAUUACUUGGGAACAAUUUACUUUAUUUUUUUGAUUUAACCAGUAAGAGAAACAAACAAUCCAAUCAGGUUCCUUUCGCACAUUCCUCAGAAUUUUACGGACUCUAAAAACUAAAACACAAAAAAAAACACUUGGGAGAACUACAUGAAUAUAUAUAUAUAUAUUUAUAACGAUAUACACUGUAGACGCGUGAAAUUCUUGCUUCCUUCUGCAAUCCUCUUGCUUCGAAAAUCUCGAUCGCUUUUCUAUAUCGUUUUGACAUUCAGUUUUUUGUUUAGUUUUGUUUUGUUUGUUCAGCAUAUUUAUAUGUAUCAUCCGCUCGUGUUUUCUUCCCGAAAAAAGACCUUCCCAUUUACUUAUUUAUUUCAUAUCUACAUAUAUCCAAAAAAGAUAAAAAGAAAAAAAAGAAAAAAAGAAAAAGACAGAAACAAGGAUUAAGCAGCACAGUGUUUGAUCUUCAUCUGGAUGGUCUUGUUUUGUGUUUGUUUGGCCCUUGCGGAUUGAUCUAACAAGCCAGUUUUGUAUCUGACUCCAUCCCUGCAUUUCAUCAGUUUUUUUAUUUCCCAGUACUGUCAUCUCAAUUUUUUUUUUUUUGCUGUUGAUUCGCAGGGGACAAAUUGUGUUCUCAAUGAUGCUGUCUUGCUUUGCUUUGCUUUUUUUUUGAUCAGUUUAUCUUCAGUGUACUACUAUUACAUAUCAUGACUAUGUGCAGGCUUGCCAUAAUUAGAUCAGAUGCUUUUUAUACAAACUCAAACCAACAUGGUUGUACAAGGUCACCGGGUCAAAGCAUCCUUCUUGCCAACUACAAACAAAUUCAUGUCCCCAUUCAACUCGCA